CAAGCUUGCUUCUAUAUUCUGAUGCUCACUGAAUGAAUGCUUUUCUCACCACCGACUCCGUUCCAGUGUUUGUCCUCCACUGUAAGUUUACACAAUUGACACUUCUCCAGCACACCGUUCAUUCUUUAUUGCCUCUUUUAUCUAUUUCCCUCAGCUGGCUCCAUCAUCAGUUUAAAAUCCCCUGCUCUGUUACAGAUCUUCCCUUUAGUUCUCAAGACAUACUUCAUUUCUAACUCUCAGUUCUGAUGAAACUUUAAAUAUCCCGAUGCCUAAAUAGAUUGCAGACGCUGCAAUCUGGAACAAAAAAAAAGGACACUGGAAGAAAUCAGCGGGCCAAGCAGAACCCCUGAAGCACUAGUGUCAGGUCUGGGUCUGAAACAUACACUGUCUGCCUCUACAGAUGCUGCUCGAUCUACUGAGUGCCUCCAGAGAUGAUGCUGAACGUGCGGAGUUCCUUCGCUCUUAUCACAAAUAAACACAUCUCACCAGAAUCACGGUGUUUUUAUGAUCUUUGUUUUCCACAGUUUGACUGCUCCAUUUCUCCAGUGGCCCUCCCUUGAAAGAAUGGCAUUGACUGUGGAAUAAUCAGAGGCCAAGAAAGCUACUGUGUUUUAUUAUACACAUUCUUUCCUUCACAAGUCUAGUUCAAAGUGCACAUAUAGCAAAUGAAAUCCUGUAAAAUUGUCAUGUUAGACUUUGGUUACUGAACGCACCCUGGCUAAUGAGAACUAAUUGUACAUUGAACUGAAAUGUCAGCACUUCCCAAAGUACAUUAAGGGAUGAAUAGGUGCUGACAAGUUCCUUCACAUAUAUUCUUUCUGCUUUGAUGAGAUUUGCUAUGUGUGUAUAACUGAAUUUACUUCACAUCGAAAGAAUUCAAGCGCAAUGUUAGUGAUGAAUUUGAGGAGCCUUUUCACCAUUACCCUUCUGAUGUUGUUGAAGUAUACCACUUUGAUAAGCACUGAAUCAUCAAUGGAACUCAGAAAUGCAGAUCUUUUAGCUUCUAAAGAUUAUGCUCGUAUCAUCAAUUUGAGUCAGCAAGGCGGUUUUCCAAGUGACUGUCAUGAGAUUUUUCAGCAGUCAGAAAGCAAAGCUGAAGAUGGCCUCUAUGUCAUUCAGUUAAUGAAGGAUCUUCUCGUUGUUUACUGUGACAUGCACAGUGCAGAUGGGGGGUGGACAGUCAUCCAGCACAUCACUGUUAAUAGCUCAUUGGACUUUGACAGAACGUGGCAGGACUACAAGCAAGGAUUUGGUUUUAUUAAUGGUGAUCACUGGUUGGGCAAUGAGUUAAUACAUAGAAUCACCAGCAGGCCAAAUGAAUAUAGUUUGGGAAUCAAAUUAGUCAACAUGAAUGGAGAGGUGAAGUGGGGAGAAUAUGACCCAUUUCUCAUUGAAGGUGAAGAAUCCAAAUAUAAAAUCAGACUUGGUCUUUAUCGUGGAACUGCAACUGAUGCUUUGACACAAGAUACAGAAGCUUAUAUUCAUGACAACCAAAAAUUCACCACAAAAGACAGUGAUAAUGACAACUAUUAUCGGAAUUGUGCCAAACUGGAGCUCAAUGGGAUACCAGGUGGAGGAUGGUGGUAUAAUGCCUGUGCUGGAGCCAAUCUAAACAGAAAAAAUGUUAUUUACUGGCAGAAUGAUUGCAAUAAAGAUAACCAGUGCAAGUAUGCAUGGAUGAUGGUAAAGCCUAAUAACAGGGAAGUCAAAUGCAGCAGUACCUUGCGUGAUGAGUUAUAACUAUGGUGCAAAAAUUAAAAUAAAUCUAAUAAUUCAUUUGUAAGUUCAACAAUUCAUUGAUUUUUUUUGAACAAGUGCAUGUUGUGCUUAUUUACCAGAAAGAAUGGUAAAAGAAGAUGCCCGAUGUAAUUGAGCAAAUUAGAUUAGUUACUCGCUCUACAGCAUCAUACUGCCUGCAUGAGUAAAUUUUUAUGUGGAAAAGUUUUUAAAUACUCUGACAUGAUUAAUAUAGUUGUUUUGAAAUAUGAUUGCUUCUGUUUGUGAUGUGAGUUCAAAUCUCUUCAGAUGGAAGAAUGAAAGUCUUUGCAUGAUAAUAAUGAAGAGCUUGAAAUUAAAUAGUGUCAUAUUCAAAGUUGCAAUAGUGCCAUUAUAUAUCCAAUAUUGAAAUAUCCGGGGAAAUGACUUUGGGUGAGAGUAUAUGCUGAAUAAAUAAACAUUACCUGUAGAUGAAUAUAAUGAAAUAUUGAUAACGUUUUGAAAGAGAAUAUAUCCCUUAUCAGCAAAAAGUUGCGAAACCCAACUGAAAAAUCAAACUUAAGAUCCGCACUGACGGUGUGAGGUACAGAAAAUGCAAAUUAAAACAAGCAACAGUUUCAAGAUGACCUAUGUAUGAUUGCAACAAUCCUUUAUCCUCUGCACAAAUUAAUUCUCCUCAAAUUUAUAAACUGUGCUAAUAAUUUAAUUAUUUCCAGGGCAAAUUUUCUUAUAUGCAAUUUAGAUAUUACUUAAAAGUUUAAAGAUCUAUUUGUUUAUUUUACUCUGUGAAUAAAAUAAUUUGGCUAUAAUACAUGUGUGUGAUGAUUUGGCUAAGAUGUAUGACACUCUCUGUUCCAUCGGCUUGAUUGUCACUAAAUACUAGCAGUUAUGAAUGAAACUGCCAGCAUUUGCCUGUUUAAACAUCAGUAAGUCCAAAACUUAUGUGCAUGUAUUGUCAAAUGUGGAUAUCUCUACUUGUGUAUCUUGAAACGCCAACAUGUUCCACCUCUCCAGAUUAGCCCCAUCACCCAUUGAUGUUAGUGACCAUUGGAGGACUACAUGGAAAAAUAGAAAAGAGAAAGCUUCCUUUUAUUUAAUUAUUUGUGGUUUGUUCAAUAUUUGUAAUUAUUUAAAAUAUUUUAUAUUUGUUGUUUAGUUUUAGUACAAAUAUACUAUGUAUAUAAUUUCCUAAAUCAUUAUUCUACUUUAAUAGAUUUUAAAUGUUAAUCAUGAAUAUGGAGGACCUCCCUAAUUAAUUUAAUUUUAGCAUCUAAUUUUUAGUGGAUGCAAUUUUAUAAGUUUUAUUAAGUUCUCAGGCUAUACAAAAGAAUAAAAUAGAUUGGAUUCAGCUCCUGAUUCUUAUUAGUAUCUUUCUUGGAAGUGAUUGAAGAUGUGAGACCCAGCUCAGAUAAUUCCAGUGGAUGUUUAACUGUGCAAAUGUCCGUUUCAGAAGGUUGACUGUCUGGACAAAAAAAAUUUAUUUAUUUUUAUCCUGGUGAGUUGUUUCCAUUGAAAGAAAAAGAUACCUUACAGAAUUGUUCUUUUC